AUGAACUCUACAAUGUUGGCAGCUGUUGCACCUCACUCGUUGAUGAGCGGAGGCAAUGCGGUUGCGGGCGAAAACGGACAGCUUGACGACUGGAUCUUCAGCAAGCAGGGCGCGCAGAACGGCGAGUACUCCGACUCGUCGUCGUGGUCGUGGUUCGAGCCCCUGGAGAAUAUCAUAUCUUCCACUUCGACGUCAUCGGUCGGGUCUCCGAUCGGCGGCGCCGCUGCGGGCGGGGUAUUUGGCGAGUGCGAGCCGCUCUUCGCGGACCCCUCUUCGUAUGCCAAUUCUCCAGACCUGCUGCCGGCGGUGAAGAAAGAGGAAGCCGACGACGAGGAGCUGAGAAUCGGCGGGGUCUCCGGGGCUGAGCGCUUCGAGGAGGUGGCAGAUCUGAAGAAUCCCGCGCUGGCGGACGGCAAGAAAAAGCGGGCGCCCAGGAAGAGGCUGACCUCGCACCAGAAGCAGGCGCACAACAGGAUCGAGAAACGAUACAGAAUAAAUAUCAACACAAAGAUUGCCAAAUUGCAGCAAAUCAUCCCAUGGGUCGCCAGUGAGCAGACCGCGUUUGCGGUCGGAGACUCUCUGAAGAAGGAAGACGGCUCAGCCAAGGAGGUAGCGAAGCAGCUUUGUGCUGCGUCCGCCACAAAGCUGAACAAGAGCAUGAUACUCGAGAAAGCUGUCGAUUACAUCCUAUAUUUGCAGAACAGCGAGAGACUAUAUGAAAUGGAAGUGCAAAGACUGAAAGACGAACUUGAUGCCUUGAAGAAAGGCAGGUGA